GGAGCUUUAAAUAGCAGGUGUUUGAGGCGCCGCUCGUUUUUGCUGCUGUUCGCUCGUGACCUCUGCGCCAUGUCCGCCGCCAGCCCCGAGCCGUCCGCGCAGAUCCCCACGUCCCCGGGCCGGGUAUUCUUUCAGACGGCACCCGGUGUGGGCUGCGUGGGCAACGGCCCGGUGCCUCGGGACGACCCGGUGCAGAAGAAGCAGGGCAAAGUCACCGUGAAGUAUGACCGGAAAGAGCUGCGGAAGAGACUCGUGCUGGAAGAGUGGAUCAUCGAGCAGCUGAGCGAGCUGUACGACUGCGAGGAAGAGGAGAUGCCUGAGGUCGAGAUAGACAUUGAUGAUCUUCUGGAGGUGAACAGUGAAGACGAGAGAGCUGUAAAAUUACAGGAAUCCCUCACAGACUGCUAUAAGCCUACUGAUACUUUCGUACAGGAGCUCCUCGGAAGGAUAAGGGGAAUGAGGAAACUCGGUGCUCCGCAGAAGAAAAGCCUUUAAGUGCUCGUAAAACGGCAACGACAAUCCAGCUACAAUGACUGCAAGUCUCAAAAUCAAUCAUCCAGCCCACGCUCGGUUCGCCCUAACCAGCUCCUCAUAGCCUGGACUACAGACAGGACUCGAGUAUUUGCGUCCAAAAUUGAUAGAUCGUAGCGUUCACUUAGCACAGCCUACCACAACCUCAAAGUUUUUUUUUGUAAAAGCCUAUAAUGUUAUUUACAUGACAAAAUGUUGGGUUUUUUUGUACAGUCUUUUUUUGUUAUGUCUGUGCUCUUAUUGUAAGACAUUGUCUUUUUUUUUUUUUUUUUUUAAAUUGUAUGCCUUCGCCUUUAAAGGUCAAGGGUUUGAAUUCAUCAUUCUUGGCUGACCUGUUUAGUUUGAGCAUUUUGAUUCAUCUUCCCAACAUUCAUUCAUUGAUAUACUGAUAUGAUAGAUUGUAAUAUCUCUUUUUUUUUUUUUUUUUUCUCCUCCCCUUGGUAAUGUGUACCUCGUUAUACACUUUUGAGUCUUGUAGCUAAAGAAACAUCACUGAAACAGUGUGUAAAGGGAAAUUUGUAGCUCACAGUUUAGAUGUAAAAAGCAAAAAAAAAAAAAAAAAAAAAAAACAAGAUAAGGCCUGUUUUAUGGCUGACAUGUAGCUACUGUAUAGCGAGUGCUAUAGAGCCGUUUCAACUAGCUUCAUUUGGAUAUUUUAUUUAAUUAAAUAAAUAAAUUUUAGUCUACACUCGUUUUUUUUCUUCUUUGGUUUUGUACGUAGGUUGCCAAAGAAUGCAAAAUGGUGGACUUUGUAUAGAAAGCUGUGACUGUAAGUGAACUUGUGUAACGUAAUCGCUGCACUAGUCUUCACGUCACAAAGGUCACACUCCUCCUGCUGAGACGAUACACAAAUUGUCCAGUAACCUGGAAAGAAAUGAUGGUGCUGUUACUGUUCCCUUUUUAAUUCUUCACAAGCAGUGGUGGGAUCGUUUGGGCUUCAUGUAUUCAGAGAAGGAGAUUUUCUACUUGAUCUUGAUAAGCUCCUCUCAUUCGUUUUCUCAUGGCUGGAUGAGCGAGAUGUCCGUUGUCCUGAUUUCAGCGUUUCCUGUCUCGUUAUGUUCACUUGUUCAGUGUUUAAUGGUGGACGAGACGGAGCAUCUUGGUGGAUUGGACAGGUUCCUUUCUGUGGGCCUGUUGAAUUAUAAGGUAAAUAUUUAAAGGUCUCUUAUACUGUGUGUGUGUUUUAGGUACUCAAGAAUUCUUCAGGGUUUUUCAGGGCUUUGGCGUAGCUUAUUAUUCUUUUAAUGAAUUCUGCCAGCAUUAGAAGAAGCGUGUCUUUACUUUUGCAUGUGUUUCAGUGGCAUGAAGGGAACUUUUUAGUCCAACACUUAUGUAUGAUAUCAUUUUUUUUUUUUUAUACCUUAUUGAUAUUACUGUUUAUUAUGAAACUCAAAGAUUUUUAUUAACUGUAUGAGUUAUGAAUGUUCUUUUUUUUCUUAGUAUGUAGUGUGUGGUCUUUUGCAUUGUUUUCAUUAUAAUAAAGUGAAAAGGACAUGCUGUUGGUUUGGAUUUGAGCCCACAGACUGUCAUCAUUCUAUUAUGUUA